AUGUCAUCACCGAUGGUAGAAGACAGCAGUUUUGAAGACGAUCAGCUCUCGUCGAUGUCCACCGAGGAUAUCAUUAGGGCUUCUCGGCUUCUCGAUAACGAAAUUCGAAUCCUCAAGGAAGAGUUGCAGAGGACGAAUCUAGAACUAGACUCGUUCAAGGAAAAGAUAAAAGAGAAUCAAGAGAAGAUCAAACUGAACAAGCAACUUCCUUACUUAGUCGGCAACAUCGUUGAGAUUUUGGAAAUGAACCCUGAGGAUGAGGCUGAGGAAGACGGAGCAAAUAUUGAUCUUGAUUCCCAAAGGAAGGGGCUUUUGGUGUGA